AUGGCGACCAACGCAACCGGAGGCAUGGGCCCCGGCGAGGGCAUCCUCGACGGCGUCAACGCCACCCUCAGCGGCAACGGCACUGACUCUGCCUCCUCCGCCUUCAGCCUCCUGCGCGACCUCGACUUCAUGAUGCUCGAGCUCAAGCUCGUCACUGGCGCCAUGGGAAUCAUCUACCUCGGCGCGCACGCCUCUUUGCGCCGUCCACCGUCCGCCUCCCCCGCCAAGCCCAAGAAGACCCGUGACGGCCGGGAGCAGGACGAAGACGAGGACGAGGACCGCUUCUCGCAGGGCCUCGAGCUCACCGACGCCAUUGUCUUUCCGCUCGUCGCUGGCGCUAUUCUCGUCGGCCUGUACUACCUCAUCCAGUGGCUCAACGACCCGGCCAUUCUCAACAAGGUCUUGCGCUGGUACAUGUCGACCAUGUCCAUCGCCAGCUUACUGACGCUGUACGCCCAUGCCAUGGAGCUCGCCACCUCUUUUGUCUUUCCGCGCUACUGGCGCGCGCGAGACGGUGUCCUGAGAAAGGUCAUCCAGAGCGCCCGGGCCGUCGCGCUGUGCGACGACGUGGGGAACGUGGUUGAGGGGCGCAACGCCGCGACCGAGUCGAACCCACUGCCUGGCCCGCUCGCUGUGCUGGCCUGGUCCGAGAGGGCCAAGAACGCGGCAUGGGGGCUGCGCAGCCUGCUCACGAGGCACUGGAUCAUCGGGUUCUUUGUCCACGGCGUCGUCGGCAAGCAAAAGGCCAAGAUCAAGUUUGCCCACAUGAUGUCCCUGCUGCUGGCGCUGGCAACGGCCCUCGUCUACUUUUCGACGUCGUCGCCGUUGCUGUCCAACAUGCUUGGGUAUGGCAUGUGCUAUGGUUCGUUUCUGGUUCUCUCGCCGACCGACUUUCUCAUUGGGUCUCUGGUCCUGAUCGGCCUGUUCUUCUACGAUAUUUACAUGGUCUUCUUCACGCCGUAUAUGGUCACCGUUGCCACCAAGCUGGACGUGCCCAUCAAGCUCGCCUUUGAGGCUGGCACGAGGAAGAGCAUCCUCGGCCUCGGCGACAUUGUCAUCCCCGGCAUGGUCAUUGGCUGGGCUCUGCGCCUUGAUCUUUGGAUCUACUACAUGCGCAAGGUCAAGUACGAGUCGACGGAUCUCAAAAUCGUCGAAAAGGACGCCACAUCGGGCGAGCUGGUAACACGCAGUGAGACCAAGCACCGCGAGAUAAAGCCGCGGUACGUCAACGUCAAGGCUUGGUGGGGAGAGAAGCUCUGGACGCGCGGCACGCUGUUCGUCACCGGAGCCAGGCAGGUCCCCGCGGACCUGGCAGCCGUCAGCUUCCCCAAGACGUACUUUUACGCGUCCAUGGUCGGCUACGCGCUGGGCAUGAUGGCGACACUGGCCAUGUUGAUCGUCUUCAAGCAGGGCCAGCCCGCGCUGCUGUACCUGGUCCCCGGCGUCCUGGGGUCUCUGGUCGUCACGGCCCUCGCGCGCGGCGAGAUGAGGGACAUGUGGACGUACACCGAAGACGGGACGCUCGACACGGUGGACGUGGUCGUGGACCUGGACGGCGAGGGCAGGGCAAUCAAGAGGAUUGGCAAGCUGGAGAAUGGCGUCGUCGAUACCACGAAGGAGGCCGACGGCGGCGACAAGGACAGCAAGGAUGGCAAGAGCGGCGACAAGACCAAGGCCGACAAGCCCUCCGACGAGCCGGAAAGAGGCGAAAAGGGGAGGAAAGGGCACCGAGUGUUUUUGCUGUCGCUGGACGCGCCGUCCGAUGGGGAGUACGAGGACUAG